AUGGACAUGUCAUUGUCUGUACCCUGGCGGGUCGGGACAUAUCACCCAGUCGCUAUCGAAGUUGAGGGGCAAAUGGUAUUCCACGUCCAGUUGGGAAAGAUCCAGAAGUACCCGCUGCUUUACAGGCUGGUCACCAGUCACGUACCAUCGUAUAUCUACAACCACACUUACCAUGGUGUGAAAGAUUCCUACUGCGGGAAUCCCGGACCUUUUUACCUCAGCUUGCGCGCUGUGUCACAAGGUGCUGGACACCUGUUGGGGGACUAUCUCACAUUUGGGAUAUUUAAUUUCCAACACAAUCUCCCCGAGAAGAGGCAAAAUGAGGAAUUCAAAAGCCUUAUUCACUUACAGAGUGUUGCAAACAGGUUUAACAUGGACGACCUUAAAAUGGAUUGCGAGACGGAGAUCUUCUACAGGGCUCUAGACAUGGGUCUGAUGGAACUUUUCAAGCUCCUUGAAGAAGCGAACUACCGUUCUGACUUGUUUCCAGAGUUUUCCGAGUACUUGGAGAAGCGACUGGUUGGUUCCGCUCUGGACUACGGCGUGGGAGAUAGCCAAAGGGCUUUUGCCAAACUAAAGACCGAACCAUCACUCUCAGUUGCUCAGAUGCUCUUGAAGGCAAUCGUAGAGAUUAGCGACGUCGGAUGCAAUUCGGAUGAAAAGAACUCCAUCAUAGGCGAGGUCUAUAGACGGAAGGUCGCCGAGGCAGCAGCUAUUUCCCAGUAUAUUGGCUGGGAAGAUGACAAGUGUCCCGAAACGAGGUGGAUAAAACCGAAGAGUGAGAUCGCGGGAAAGAGAAAGUCAGUUGCUACUCAAUUCUUCGGUCCCACGGCCCAGCAAAAAGACAAAAAUGGAGUGGAAAACUCUCCCCGAUGGCCAUUUCAGGGAGCCCCCGAACCAACUUUUCAUCCUCCUAGCAGGCCCGCGUUUGCCCCCCUUCCGAUAACUCUCCCUCCUUUGGUUCCAAGAAGCAAUGAAACUGUGCCCCGCCCGGCAUUCAAAGAUCAAUCGACGACUUCGAGACAUAAAAACGUUCCCUACGCUCGCGGUAUGGAGACACAGAUUGAUGGGGAAUGGAAAAUGAAGGCUUUGCAACGCCAAGAGCAAAAUAUUCCACUCAUAAGCAAGCAAGAGCGACACCAAAUGGCGCACAUGGCUUAUGAGACGAACUGCCUGCAGAGGAAACACGAUGCAUCGAAUGAAAGUCCAGCUCCCGGCCCUUUAACUACAUCAGGCGAACCUUUGUCGCAAGAAGCUAUGGACAACGACGGCGAUACUGAUGAUGAACAAUCCAGCAAUGAAGACUAUGGAGACCUACAGCACAUACAGCGGAUGAUGUCUGAGGUGAGGCCGCAGAGGGAACAAGAUCGACCGCGAACGGCGCAGAUGGCUUUUGAGAGUACCCUGUCGCAGAUGCAACAAGAGCGAGAAAUAAUUGCGCUGGACGCUUUUGGAAUGAACUGGUCGCAGGGAAAACACGAUGCAUCAAGCGAGAGUCAGACCCCUGGCCCUUCAACUACAUCAGGCGAACCUUUGUCAGAAACAGCUACGGAAAAAGAUGACGAUACUCAAGAUGGCGCUACAGAAGCUUCCGAUCGACCAGUACAAAUUGGAUCCGUCCUGAAUCUACCCGAGGUCACGGUGACCUCCUUUGACGAGUCUUUGCACUCUGAAUCUUCGUCGGAUACCUUGGAAGGCGACCCUGUUGAAGUUGUAGGACCGAUGGAUUGGGAUACGGGUUCAUCUGAAUAUGACUACGUUCCUUGGACAUAUUCCUUAAGGCCUGGUUAG